CACGGCGCAAACGAAAUUUUGUGGUUGGCCUUUCUAAUGACAGUGGUGACUGGAUCACUGAGGAAAAUGGGAAGGCAGACAUUGCCAGUGUUUUUUAUCAAACUCUUUUCACCUCGGAGAAUUCAGGUGCAGAACAUGGUUGAACGGGUGGCUAAUCUCCCUCUUGCCCAUAACAUUACUCCAGAAAUGAAUGCCAGUCUUACGGCUGCAGUCCUUCCUAGUGAAGUGAGAAAAACGGUUUUCUCUAUGGGCUCCAAGCAGGCGCCAGGUUCUGAUGGGUUCACUGGAAAAUUAUUUAAAGUGUUUUGGAAUAUUGUUGGGAACUCGGUGAUUGAUGUUGUCUGCUCGUUCUUCACGACGAGUAGGAUGCUCCGUAGUUUCAACCAUACUUGGCUAACAUUGAUCCGCAAAGUGGAUAAUGUGGAAACCAUGACACAACUUCAUCCAAUAAGUUUAUGCCAGUUUGUGUACAAAAUUAUAACAAAAAUCAUGGCUAAGAGACUGGCUUGUCUGCUGCUGCAAAUAGUCUCGGAAGGGCAAAAUGCUUUUAUCUGUGAGCGCCAAAUAGUUGAGAAUAUCCUCCUGGGACAUGAGUUAAUGCAUUAUCUAAAAAUCAAUACGCAAGGAAAGAAAGGGCACAUGGCUCUGAAGGUUGACAUGAAAAAGGCCAAUGAUAGAGUCGAAUGGCUAUUUCUCCUUGAUGUUUUGGAAAAGAUGGGUUUUAACUCAACCUGGUGUAGGUGGAUUCGUGAAUGCCUUAGAUCCGCUUCAUUUUCGGUUCUAAUGAAUGGCAGCCCGUCGGGUUACUUCACGCCGUCCAGAGGACUGCGGCAAUGGGAUCCUCUGUCUACCUUGUUAUUUGUGCUCUGCACGGAGGGGUUUGCUGCUCUUCUUCAAAAGGCCAUCUCGGAACGAAAACUGGAAGGAGUUACAGUGGCUCCGCGAUCUCCCCGCAUCUCGCACCUCUUCUUUGCUGAUGAUUCUUAUUUAUAUCUUAGAGGUACUCUCCAGGAAUGUGAGCCUGAUCGAAGUGCAGAAUGAGUAUGAAGAGCUUAGUGGCCAGAGGGUAAAAUUGGCUAAGUUUGCAGUAUGUUUUAGUAAGAAAAUUUCCCUGCAAGACUAGGAGUUCUUGGCCCAGAUUCUGGGUGUCGGGGCGGUUGGUGUCCAAGAUAAAUAUUUAGGAUUGCCUACGCUGAUAGCCCGAUCUAAGUUAGCUACAUUUCGCUAUUUAGAAGAGAAGUUGUUGGAGCACCUUCAGGGGUGGAAACAAAGGAAAUUGUCUAGGGCAGCUAAGGAGACCUUGAUUAAGUCGGUUGCUUUAGCUUUGCCAUUGCAUGUAAUGUCCUGUUUUAAGUUACCACUAUCUCUGUGUCAGCUCUUGGAUAAGCAUGUGGCUCGGUUCUGGUGGGGUGUUAAGGAGGGCCAGUCAAGGAUUCGGUGGAUGUCCUGGCGUAAUAUGUGCAAAAGUAAGCACGACGGGGGUAUGGGGUUUCGCCGGUUCGAGCACUUUAAUCAAGCUCUUUUAGCUAAAAUUGGCUGGCGUAUCCUUAUUGACCGACUUCCCUCUUAAUCCAGGUCUAUAAAGGAAAGUACUUUCCUAAUGGAACCUUCAUCUCUGCCACGACGCGCUCACGCCCAUCUUGGGUCUGGCAAAGUGUCCUUUAUGGGAGACAAUUGUUAGAGGUGGGUACUCGAUGGCAGAUUGGUAAUGGUCAAACGACUUCUUUGCUUCAUUCCAGCUGGAUUGCACGUGUUCACCCUUCUCCCCCAAUCUUAAAUCCCAGGUCUUACUAGAAGGGGGUGACCCUUCGGUGGCAGAAGUUAUCUGUGCAGGGGAAGGGCAGUGGUGUGAUUCUAAACUUAGGCAGUGGUUUAACCCGCCAACUUGUCGGGCAAUUAAAGAUGUUCCUCUCCCACAUUAGGAUGUGGCGGAUAGACUAAUCUGGAGUGACACGGCGUGCGGGGUAUUCACUGUUAAGUCGGCCUAUCAUCUCGCUGUCUUGUUGGAUAAAAGGAGAGGUCAGUGGAGAUCUAUGGCGAGUUGGAUGGACAGGUCCAGUUGGAUUCGUUUGUGGGAAGCUAAUAUCCCGACAAAGUUAAUGGUGUUUGUUUUGCAAAUCCUUAACCAUAUACUACCCACCAUGGAGGUUCUAAUUGAGAAGGGUGUCCCGGUGCUGCAUCGCUGUCCGGUUUGUUGGGCAGAGUAUGAAACAAUGAAACACUUGUUUCUUUACUUCCCGGUGGCCUGCGCUCUAUGGGACUAUUCGGGGCUUGAGUAUCUUGGCCAAGGAUUGCCUCGUCACACUUUCCUACUUUUUUUUCAAAAUGUUGAUGUCUCUUAUUCAUCAACCAACUCUGUUUAUGGAGGUUGUUUCUGCCCUUUGGAGGAUCUGGCGAUCUCGUAACUGGGUUGUCUUUGAGGGGGAAAGCAUUUUGGGAUCCCUGCCUUGAUGCGACAGUUUCACCAGCAGGUUGAGGAAUGGAUUCGUUUGCCGAUAGACCCAGUACUUCAGCCUUUCGCACCUGCGUCCACUCACUUGAGUUCUGGGGGGUCUAGUUCGGUGGUGUGCAUGUGGGACGGGGCUACCCGGAUUGGGUCUCACGCGGCAGGAGGAAUGGUGCUAAUGACCCCAUCUAGAGAGAUGCUUUGAGCUAAAGGGGUUCAGUUUCCAAGUAUAGAUGACCCUAUGGUGGUUGAAUUGCUUGUCUCGCGAGAGUCUAUUUGUUGGUGUCUAGGCCAGGGCUUCACGGAAGUUAACAUUGAGCGGGAUGCCAAAGUCAUCAUUGACAAGGUCAAUCAGGCGGAAACCAGGAAUAACCAGAUGGGGGCUGUGCUGGAAGAAAUUGUGCUUUCUUUGGCCAUUCACUCCGGUUUUAAUGUACGUUUUGUAGGUCGGCGUAACAAUAGGGUAGCCCCCUUGGUGGCUAGAAAGACCCUAUGUUUGUCUCCGACUAUGAGUCGUGUAUUUGAUUUCCAGGCCUGGCUGAACCCAGGAUGUAACUAUCUUUCUUGUGAAUCAAUAUAUGAUUAUCUUUUGU